CCACCCCGCCCCCUCACGGCCCCUCCCGCUGACGCCGCCCAGUCCGGCUCCGGCUCCGGCCCGGGACCAUCAUGAGAGGCCGAAUGUCCGUCCGGGAACGGGAGCCGCUGCUGGAGGCGGAGGCCGGCGACGUCCAGGAUCCUACCCGAGGAGAAACCCACGAACAGUAUGAACUGGAAAUAUCCGAUGUUCAGGAGAGCAGCUAUGUUGCACUGACCUUCGAAGAAGCAGUCAAAGAAACUGGUUUUGGAACAUUCCACAUGUUGCUGUUGGUUAUCUGUGGCUGGGCAAACGCCAGUGAUGCCAUUGAAAUUCUGUGCGUGUCCUUCCUGCUUCCCACUGCCCGCUGUGACCUGCACCUUGGCACAGGCGAGAUGGGUUGGCUUACAGCAAGCAUCUUCCUAGGUAUGAUGAUCGGGGGCUACAUAUGGGGGGCACUCGCAGACCUGAAGGGUCGUCAGAGAAUUCUAGUGCUCUCGUUAACAGUGAAUGGGGUCUUUGGAGCAACAUCGAGCCUGGCAACUAAUUUCUGGACGUUUCUAGUGUUGCGAUUCUGUAGUGGAGUUGGUGUUGGAGGUUCUCUGCCGGUCAUAUUCUCCUACUUUGCGGAAUUCCAACCACAGAACAGAAGAGGCUGCAUGAUCAGUGCUUUGGCCGCCUUCUGGAUGGGCGGGAACAUCUUUGCAGCAGGCCUGGCCUGGUUGGUCAUCCCCAGGACCUCGCUGUCCUUCCAACUCGGCUCUCUGACCUUUUCCAGCUGGCGGGUCUUUGUGCUGCUGUGCUCGCUGCCCAGCCUGACCUCCGCACUGGUCUACGCACUCGGGAUGCCCGAGAGUCCAAAGUUCUUGAUGGAGACGGGACAAGAGGAAGAAGCCCUGCGGGUUUUCGAGCGGAUGUUCCAGUGGAAUCUGCGUGGGACCGCGCGCUCCUGCCCAGUUCGCCGCCUCCUGAUCCCCACCAUUGAGAAACCAAGCAGCAAGUUUUACAAUACACGUGUGGACUGGCUGAAAGACCAGCUACUGAAGGGCACGGAUCCGAUCCGGAAAAUCUUCUCCCGGAAGCUGGCACCAACGUCGGCUGUGCUCUCCGUCAUCUUCUUCAGCAUCUCCUUCGGGUUCUAUGGUUUGUGGAUGUGGUUUCCCGAGCUGCUGAAACGCAUUGAUAUCAGUGGCGGAUCGGCUUGUUCCACCAACUGGUCCAGCCCAAGUAGCCAAGGCACAGAAAAUGUCACCUGCUACCCGGUCAGAACAGCAGUUUACAAAGAAGGAUUCAUUUUAGCAGCUGCCAAUCUUCCUGGAAAUAUCUUCUCCAUACUAAUGAUGGAUCUGCUGGGAGGAAAGCUCUUGCUGUGCACAAGUCUGUUUCUUUCAGGCCUCAGUGUGUUCUUCAUCUGGGAAGUGAAGACAAAAAUCCAGAGCUUGGUCAUGUCCUGUCUAUUCAGUGCCAUCUCCGUGGUUUCCUGGAACUCACUUGACGUUGUCAGCAUGGAGCUCUAUCCUACUAACUUGAGGUCAUCUGCCUUUGGAGUGUUCAGUGGAAUUAACCGAAUUGCAUCAAUUUUGGGAAAUGUUGCAUUUGGGGAACUUGUUGAUGCGCACUGUACUGUGCCCAUCCUUCUGGUAGCAUUUGUGCUCUUCAUCGGCAGUUUGGCUGGUUUAAAGCUGCCCAACAUCAAGAACAGAGAGUUAAGCUGAUUGAAGUUUCCAUUUGAUGGCCCAUAAUAACUGGAUCCCAGAUGAACCACAAGACUUGCUCAAGAUCAGGAAUGGAGGCAGAGAAAGAUGGCUUCAAAAAUCAAAAAGGGUACGAAUCAGGUUUAUGUAGCAGGAAUCAGAAAAUGGAGAAAAUGGAACAAAUAUGUAGUGUCUGUGCACAAUGCCAUCUGGUGUCAGGUUGUACUUGAACAAAUGUAAAUACACUCGUCAAAAUAAACCAACGUAGUAUAUGGA